AUGAGCUUCUACCCUAGCCAAACUACAUCCGUGAUUGUUACGGCCGAUUUGGAUCCUAUCCACACAAGUCGCCUGUAUCUACGACCGCUGACAGUGGCUGAUGCGGCGGCAAUUUUUGAGAUCCGACGACGACAAGACGUGGCGGACUGGCUCUGGCCCAAAGUCCCCCACAAAGAUAUAUCAGAGUCUGAGGCCGUCAUUACCAAAAAGACAUUCACAACACCAGACGCGUCAGGUGCUGUUGGGCGAAAGUUCUUCUUCGCUAUCAUCCGCUCCGAGGAUCCAUCACAGAGGGUUAUUGGAGGAGCGGGAAUCAAUGCUCUUAGCCCAGCCCCGUCAGUUGGGUACAAUAUCCAUCCUGACUUCUGGGGCAAGGGCUAUGCCACCGAGGCAGUUGCUGGUAUCAUAGAUGCAUGGUGGAAGCUUGACAGAAUGGGGUUUGAGGGGAUUGUACCAGAUUUAGAAAAAGAGAAGCUAUACGCGGCGUGCAAUAGAGCGAAUGUUGGUAGCAUGAAGGUGCUGCAGAGGACUGGGUUUGGUAUCUACCACGAGGAGUCCAUCGAGGGUGACGUGGUUGCACUCUUUGAGCUGGAAAAUCCCACCGGAUAG